AACGGUUUUGGAGGGCGGUUUUGCUGACGUGGCGCUGACAUGGCGGUGUUGACCCGGUCUUUAUCCAAUAUGACGCUUAUAUGGCAUUAAAAUUAAAAAAAAUAUAUGUAGAACCCAUCUGUCAUUCACACACACAAAAUAAUUGUGAGCCCACAUGUCAUCCUUUAUUCCUCCUCCCUCUCUCUCCCUUCUCUCUCUUCUCUCCCCCUUUUCUCUUCCCCACCGGAUCGGCAGCGGCGGCGUGCAGGCGACCACCUCCAGCUCCGCGCCAUCUCCAUGUCAUCGUCGUCGUCUGUGUCCCCUUCCCCCCCUUUCGCUACGCCGCCUCUCUCCUCUCCCUUCUCGGACGGCGGCGGCGCUUCGGCAGUACAGGACCGCAGGCUCCCGCCGCCGGCCGCCGUGGACGCCGCCUCAUCGCCUCCGCUCGCCGGCGGACGAAACAACCCCACGAGCGUAUCGUAGCUGACGCUUCGUCUUGACGCCGUCGACGACGACGAUGGCGUCACUCUUCCCGACGCCCAUCUCGCGAACCCGAAAUCGCCCACCUUGGCGCGCAGCGACGACGUGAGCAGCACGUUGGAAGAGGCUUGUCGGCCCCCUCUCUCUCCCGGCGGCCAUGGACGGCGAGGGGGAGCACUGCGCGGCACGUCCCCCCGGUGGUGGAGGAGGCGACGGGGUCCGGCGUUGGGAGAGGGCUCGAGCUCUUGCUGCUGCUGCCACCAUGGUGAUUCCGCUGCUGCUGCGCUGCUGCUCUUGUUGGCCAUGUCCACUGGCUCAGCGGCGGGCAGAUGGGGCGUUCUGCGUGUUCAAGCCCGACCAGAGUCCGGCGGCGAUGCAGAAGGCAAUUGACUACGCGUGUUGGCGCAGCGCCGACUGCACCCAGAUCAUGCAGUCCGGAGCGUGCUACCAGCCCAGCACCAUCGGCGGCGGGGGCGAAAUCCUCCGGCGCAGACGCGAGCAGACGGCGCACGACGGGGCCGAGCGGACGGCGCGCGGUGGGGCCGAGAUGUUGGCGGCGAUGGCGGGGUGGUCGACGAGGAGGACGACGACUGAGGAGGCGGGUCCGGGAGCCAACGCUGUCGUCGUCGGGCCCAGCAGCUGCAAGCAACGCCCUCGUCAUCGGGCCCUCGCCGCCGCGCCCUUGCCGCCGAACGCCGCCGUCGCUAGCACCGAGAAGAAGAAAGGAGGAGAGAGAUGUUAGAGGGAGAGGAUGACUAGGCUGCCAUAUGUACGCCACGUCAGCGAAAACCACCCUUAAAAUAACCGAGAGAGUUAUUUUAGACGAUUUUAAUAAUUCGAGAAAUCAUCAUAUCUGGUUUUGUGAUUUAGGGAUACGAGUCAGAUUGGACGUAUAUUUAAGAGAGUCAAAUUAGACUUUUUCCCUUCUUUAAUUAACAAUUGAGUUUGACAAUCGAAAUAAAUUAAAUGCACUGACAUAUGCCCUCUCCAUAUAGUUUUUCUUUCAGGCCCCUUUUUUUUCAGGGAGUUCUUUAACAGUUACUGUUAACAAUCUCUAACAACUUCUCCAAUCGAAAUAAAUUAAAUUCACUUACAUGUAGACAUAUUAAACAUGCCCUUCCCAAAGUGUGCAUCUCUUGUGCUGACACUACAGUCCUAUUAUACAGUAUAGGCACCUAGCUGAUCAUUAGUUUUGAUCACAGAAUACGAAUUUAACGCAGAGUGGAUUAAUUAGCCUCAGUUUACGAUUAGAGUAAAGGUUUGGUAGGGGAGCAGGUAAUGGAUUGAUUGCAGGGUUGGGAUUUGACCAGGAUAAACCUCACGCAAACGGCAGAUGCUUGCAUCGAUGAAGUCCAUCGUCAGAUAUAUAUCGUUAAGAUCAGACAUUAGUCCAAAAUAUAGCAGAUAAUCUGUCUAAAUGGACGUGAUGCUGUUUUUAUGAACAGAUUAAGCUAGCCACAAAGGAAGAUAUUAAGGUCAACUAUGUAUCACAGCAGUUAAGAAGUUGUGGGAGAGGUGAGAAAAAUGUUGCUUCUAAGGAAGAAUUAAAUCUUCACAAUUCGCAAGUUGAUAAACAGAUUUUUGCUUUGUUGUUUUGGAUAAUAUUUGUUAUAUGAAUGCAUGCUUAUCCAGCACUAUAAAUAGGUGGCUCUGCAUGGUUGCCUACCCGCACAGAACCAUAGCAGAGCAGUACUACAAGUAGUCACACAUACAUAGGGCACAUAGGAUAUACAAAUCAAAAUGAGCACACAACUUGUUAAGAUCGGGACAUGGGGUGGAAAUGGAGGAGGUCGUGUAGACCUAUCUGUACUCCCAAGGAGCUUGAAAAGUGUGACAAUCCGUAGUGGUGCAGCCAUUGAUACUAGGGGCAGGAGCGCGCAAAGCGCGCUGCACUUGUGGAGUUGGAAGUUUUUUCAUCGUUUAUAUGUAUAGGAAUAUAGAUAGUGUAGUGUAUUUCAAAAAUCUUUCCAUCCCAUAGGAUUGAGGCAAUGGAGUUUACUUGUUUCAAUAAUUUGUGCUAUUUAUCAUGUAAUCCCUCCGUUUCACAAUGUAAAUCAUUCUAGUAUUUUCCAUAUUCAUGUUGAUGUUAAUGAAUCUAGAUAGAUAUAUAUGUCUAGAUUCAUUAACAUCAAUAUGAAUGUGGGAAAUGCUAGAAUGACUUACAUUGUGAAACGAAGGAAGUAGUAUAUUGUAUGGUUCGAUAUAGCUGUAGUAGAUAAAAAAUGUUUGCGUAUAAUGGUGCAUUUGAUAUGAAGGAGACAUGUUUAGGUAGUACGCAGCCAUAACUAUAUUGGGUUCCAUAUAAGUAGUAGCUGUUUGAACAGCAUUUCACAGCAUAGAAGGUGGCAAGGUAAAUAUAACAUUACUUAUUUACAAUGAUAAUCAUGACCUAGGGGUCAUGAACAAAAAGGCUUGCUUCUUAGCCUCCUCUGGGCUUGCAGCUAACUUGUUGCUUCUACACUUCUAGCUUGGGUGGUUCGUUCUGUACAUAUACACAAAAGGCUUGCUGAUGGACUGCAUAUAUCCAUAUCAUUCACUGCAGGAAUGAAUGAUGAGUUUAGAAAUUUAGUGAAGUUUACUAAAGAAUUGAUGUGUAUGUGUGGAGAGGUGAGCUGAGUUAUUCAGAAUUAACCUGUCAGUGGGUUUCUUCUGGGUACUAUCCUUGAACAAUUUUUUUUGGCAAUUGUGGUGGUUUCUGCAGGUCUAGCUCUGUUCAUUAUAAGGAUAUGUCAAAUACAAUGUGUGCAAGAAAUGUUUAUUAUUGUAACUUUGAACUGAAAGUUUUACAGACCUUUUUUUGGGUGUGCUCUUUGGCGCCAGUGAAGGAUCUGCCUGUGGAGACUCAUCUGGAGAUUCAGUGGUGACCUUUGCCUUGUAGAAGAAGUAUUUUUUUUCAGAAAUUGAUGGAUUAGGUUAUGAAAAGAAAGAGCAGGAAUACCUUAUCCGAAGUAUCAUGGGGAACAAUUGCAAUUAAAGAUGCACUUUGUGAGAUC